GGAAAAUUUACAUAAACAUUGCUACAAAUGGCAAUUUACGUAGGACAAUUUAUCAUCAUCAUUUUGGCCUUAUUGUGUGCUUCAUCAUAUUCUCAUCAUGAUAAUGUAGUGCCAAGUCAAAACAUAUCUUCUCCUUCAUUCACCCGCAAGGACUUCCCUCCAAAUUUCCUAUUUGGAGCUAGUGGAUCUGCAUAUCAGUUUGAAGGGGCUGCAGAUAAAGCUGGCAGGGGACCGAGUAUCUGGGACACCUACUCUAGAAACCAUUCUGAGAGAAUUUCGGACCACACUACCGGUGACAUUGCAAUAGACUUUUAUCAUCGAUACAAGGAAGACAUAAAAAUGAUGAAAUAUGAAGGAAUGGAUGCCUUCAGAUUUUCCAUCUCUUGGUCUCGAAUUUUGCCAUAUGGAAAGGUGAGCAAGGGCAUCAAUCAGCAGGGUAUUACCUUCUACAAGAAUCUAAUUGAUGAACUCAUUGCAAACGGUAUAAUACCUACGGUCACCCUAUUUCAUUGGGACGUUCCUCAAGCAUUGGAAGAUGAAUAUCAAGGAUUUCUCAGCCCUCUAAUUGUGGAUGACUUUAGGGAUUACGCAGAUCUUUGCUUUAGAGAAUUUGGAGAGAAGGUGAAGCUGUUUACAAGCAUUAACGAGCCAUGGACUUUUGCAUCCAAGGGCUAUGACUCCGGCGAUUUCGCCCCCGGCCGCUGCUCUCCGUUCAUGAACUCCGCCAUCGGCUGCCUUGGCGGUGACUCUGCCACCGAACCUUACAUUGUUGCCCAUCACAUCCUUCUUGCCCAUGCUGCCGCCGCAAGGCUUUACAAACAGAAAUAUCAAGCAAUACAAAAGGAGGAAAUAGGAAUUGUGUUGGUGUCCCAUUGGUUUGAGCCAUAUUCCUCUACCCAAGAAGACAGAAAAGCGGCUCAACAAGCUAUUGAUUUCAUGUUAGGAUGGGCAUUGCAUCCACUAACUUAUGGCGAUUAUCCGAAGAGCAUGAGGAGUCUAGUUGGAGAGAGAUUACCAAAGUUCACUCCCGACCAAUCAGAGAUGCUACACCUUUGAUUCUCAAGCCAACCUCACGUCAAAGAAGGAUGGACAGCUCAUUGGUGAAGCGACGGGCUCAGUAGAAUUUUUCGUUGUUCCGAGCGGACUUAAAAAGCUGCUUCUUUACACAAAGCAGAACUACAAAAAUCCUACCAUUUAUAUUACCGAGUGUGGGAUGUCAAGCUUGCGUGUCACUUCAGCCGUUCAGGAAGGAGUUAAUGACAUUCAAAGGGUUAACUUUUACCGUAGCCACAUUUCCGCCCUCAAAGACGCAAUGGAGUUGGGUGGGAAUGUCAAAGGCUUCUUUGCAUGGUCAUUUUUUGAUAAUUAUGAAUGGAGCUCAGGGUAUACAAGCAGAUUUGGUCUUAACUUUAUAGAUUACAAAAACGGCCUAAAAAGAUAUCCCAAAAAAUCUGCUAUAUGGAU